AUGACUUAGGAAACUUUGAGAUAAUUAGUUAGAUAACUGAAUAAAAAUAAGUUUCUUGUAAUAGUUUUUUAAUUCAAUUUUAGAUUGCAAAACCUGCCACGGAUGUAUUUUAAUGUGUUUAGGCUUUUAUAUUGUUGGUUAAAGGAGUAAAAAUAUAAGAUUGGCUUUUGGCUUAAUUAUUGAUGAGCUGUAGUUUACCUUAAAUGGUGGAGACAAUUAUUGAAAAGAAAAUUGAUUAUGCAAAUAUUAUUUUGUGCAAAAAGCUUUAUCAUUUAAUACCUCAAUAACAAAAUUCUUUAGGGAAACUUAUAUACUAAUUAAUAAGUUAAAGUUUAAAUUUUUUAGAAGAUGAAAAAAGUAAGAUCUAGAGAAGCAAAAGUACUAUUCUAAGACAUGAACCAAGUAUUUAUAGUAAUAGCAUUAAUAAAAUCGUUUAAUAUUAAAAUAAGAACACUUCUAAUCAAAGAUGUAAAGAAGAUUUAUAAAAAAUAUUUUAACAUAGAAAAAUAAUAAAGAAUUAAAAGAAUAAGGAAGAUGAUGAAAAGAAAUUUGAAUUAUUAAAAGAAAAAAUGAAAAAAAUUAAUAAAAAUAGUUAUUUUAUAUCUCCUAGAAAAAUAUAAUUUGAAUAAUAGGAAAAGAUAAUUUUAAGCAAUAACAAUUCAGAAAGAUAAUUUAUACAUAACAAACAAAUGAGAUCCCUAAGAUCUUUUAGAUCUUCAUUUUAUGAUUGA